ACUUUCCUUCCGGUUGCAUAAACCAAGCAAAUUUUCACAUCUUCCAGGGUGCCUCAUUGAAAAUAGAAAACAAACAAUCGAGGAUCACAUCGUUGACCUUAGGUCUUCGAUGAAAUCCGGUUGAAGUUUUACUUUCGUAAAUCUAUUCACCUAGCCUAUGCUAGACACCUUCGUUUACGCUCGCCUUCUUUGACACGGUCAGCCUCGGCGCUGACCACCACUACCCCCUGGCCAUGGACCAACAAAGACUCGUCGAGUUGCUUCAGGCAUCCCAGAUUCCCGAUACGCAGAAGGUUAAGGCAGCAACGGCAGAGUUGCGCAAGAACUUCUAUCCCCAUCCUGACUCCUUACUGGGCCUCCUUCAUGUCAUCGUGUCCCAUCCCGAGGCGACCGUACGCAUGCUUGCUUCUGUCCAGGCCCUUCGACUCGUUGAGAAGCACUGGGAGAAUAUUGGCGACGAUCAGAAACCUUCGGUUCGCAAUGAACUUCUCCAAGCAAUCAUCCGAGAGCAGAAUGCGAAGUGCCGUCACGGUCUGUCUCGCGUCAUUGCCGCCAUCGCGACCGUAGAUUUCACCGAUGGACAGUGGGCUGAUCUACUCCCUGCUGUCAUGCAACUGACCAACUCCGACGAUGUCACUCAUCGCGAGGUUGGCUCAUACAUCAUCUUCAGCCUCAUCGAAGCAAACCCUGCUUACUUCGAGGAUCAUCUGUCCACCCUGUUCGAACUCUUCGCCAAGACCAUUAGAGACCCCCAGAGUCGUGAUGUUAGGAUCAACACCAUGCAAUCUAUCAGUGCCAUGUUAAUGUUAAUUGAUUCUGACGAGGAUGAGCAAUCUCUCAACACCAUCCAAGAGUUCACCCCUCUCAUGGUCGAGGUUCUUAAGGACGCCGUUGCAAACGGGGAUGAUGAAAAAGUGCAACAAUGCUUCGAAGUCUUCCAAACGUUCUUGGCCUAUGACAGUGCCUUGCUCACUCGUUACUUCAAGGAUCUGGUACAGUUUAUGCUUGACCUAGCUACGAACACGGCAGCGGAAGAUGAUGUACGCACCCAAGCACUAGGAUUCCUGGCACAUUGUGUCAGGUACCGUCGCCUGAAGAUCCAGGCGAUCCGUGACAUGGGCGCCCAGCUCAUGAAGAAAUCAUUAAUGAUCCUGUCCGAAUUGUCGGACGACGACGACGACGAUGAGGAUAACACGCCAGCCAGAAGGGCUUUAACCGUCAUAGACCAGCUCGCCACUGACAUGCCGCCACGUCUAGUCGUCGUUCCUCUGCUAGAUGAAUUUCGAAGCUAUGCCACUUCGCAAAAUCCCGGACAGCGCAAGGCCUGCGUUCUAGCUCUCGGCGCCUGUGCUGAGGGUGCACCAGACUUCGUCUCCACUCAGAUUUCGUCAGUCAUGCCACUAGUCCUGAAUCUCCUCAAGGACCCCGAGCAGAGUGUUCGUCAUUCUGCUCUCUUAGGUUUGAUUCAUCUGGGGGAAGAUCUAUCCGAUAGUAUGUCAGCCUAUCAUGAUGAAAUCAUGACAGCUUUGGUUAUGAACCUGGAUGCGGCUAGCACCAAUGAAUCUGACGAAAAGAAUACCGAGAUCAUUCGCUCUGUCUGUGGCGCUGUCGAGUCCUUGGCUGAGGGCUUAGGUUCCGAGGUCAUGGCUAAGUAUGGAGAGAGUAUGAUUCAGCGCAUCGGAGCCUUCCUGUCUCAUCCGGAUCCUAAGGUCAAGUCUUCGGCUGCUGGCGCGCUUGGUGCCAUCGCCGCCUCCAUCAAGAGCGCAUUUAUCCCUUACCUCAAACAGACCAUGGAAGCCCUAUCGACUUACAUUGUAGCCGAGAGUGGCGAAGACGAGCUGGCUUUGAGAAGCUCCGUGUGUGAUGCUAUGGGCCGUAUGGCCGUCGGUGUCGGUGCUCAAGAAUUCAGUCCCUACGUGAUGCCGCUACUAGUGGCAAGCGAGAAAGCCCUUCAUCUAGGCAAUCCCCGCCUCCGAGAAACGACUUUUAUACUAUGGAGUCAACUAGCUACGGUAUAUGAAGGGGACCUCGGCGAUUCCCUUGCCGGAAUCUUCAAAGGCCUGUUCGAUUGCCUUGAGCAAGAAGAGGAGGAUGAACCAGAAGGCCAGGAAGGCCUUGUAGAUGAAAUCUUGAAGAAAGGUAAGGCCAAGAGCUCUGAAGAAGCAGAUGACGAAUACGUCGACAUCAUGGACGAUGACGACGACGACGAUGAUGAUUGGGAUGACAUGGUUGGGGUCUCUGCUCAAGCGUUUGAGAAAGAAAUCGCCUUAGAGGUUCUUGGCGAUGUCAUCUACGCCGCCAAAGCCAAGAGUACGCCUUAUAUCGAAAAGACGGUCGAACUUGUAGCCCCCUUCGUCGAGCAUAACUACGAAGGAUGCCGGAAGACCGCAAUCGGGACUCUGUGGCGGUCGUAUGCUUGCGUCUGGGAAGUCAUGGAAACCCAGGCUGACCGUAAGUGGGAACCGGGCUUGCCCCUUAAGUUUGAGGUAUCUCCCCACAUCGCGAAGUUAGGGGAAAUCGUCUCUACUGCCACUAUACACCUAUGGACGGAAGACUCUGAUCGGGACGUUAUCACAGAAAUCAACCGCAGCGUUGCCUCUACGUUGAAGACCUGCGGGCCGGCGAUACUCGGACAGAAGGACUUUCUACUCCAGGCUGCCUCCAUUCUCAAGCUUAUUGUCAAUCGUUCGCACCCUUGCCAGACGGAUAUAAGCGAAGAGGAUGAGCAGGAUGGAGCCCAAGGAAGCUCUGAAUGGGAUUGGCUCGUCGUAGACACGGCAUUGGACGUCUUGAUUGGGCUCGCCUCCGCGCUCGGCCUGCAGUUUGCAGAGAUUUGGGCGGCCUUCGAGAAGCUCAUCGUUAAGCUUCUUAGCUCCAACGAAGCCAUCGAGCGAUCAACUGCUGUUGGUGUCGUGGCUGAAUGCGUGUCCUUCAUGGGCAGCGCAGUCACUCCCCACACCGCAACUCUGUUGCGCCCGUUGCUGCACCGUCUUUCGGACGAGGAUAAGGAGACCAAGUCGAACGCCGCGUAUGCAAUUGGACAGCUCGUGUAUCACUCGGAGGACGCCAACACGUAUCUCCCUGCGUAUAACGAGAUUCUAAGUAAACUAGAGCCGUUGUUGCAGAUCACGGAUGCCCGACUACAAGACAAUGCGGCUGGAUGCGCAUGCCGCCUGAUCCUAGCCCACCCCGACAAGGUUCCAAUCGCAGAUGUGCUUCCUGUUAUCGUCGACUUGCUCCCUUUGAAAGAGGACUUCGAGGAGAACAAGCCCAUCUACCAAUGCAUCUACCAGCUCUAUGCAGUGGAAAACCCGACGGUGCGUGAGCUUUCUCCAAAGCUUGUGAACAUCUUCCGAGGGCUUCUCGAAGCAAACGACGAUCAGCUCGAUCCGCAUACGAAGGAGUUGGUCCUUGGCAUGACUUCCGCUCUCUCUGGGUAGGAUUGUAGGUUUGAUCUGGUAGUUAAAUGGCGACUAGGAAAAGGACAUUACGGCAAACGGGUAUGAUUAGACGAGUCGUAUGAGUCCAUGAAGAACAGGAGGUACGGUGGUCAUCGGAUUUGUACAUAAAUGAUUCCCCCAACAGUUGAUUCCCAGAUGUCACAUUGCAGGACUAUCCCCCCGUGCUCUGCUAGCUGGAUGCUUUAGCGUUAGACGAAAGUGCAUGAUAAAAUUUGCAUAGAACAAAACCUCGAUCAGCACAUUGGGCAGAACUCAAGGCCUUGUGUACGAUUAUUCUUAGUGAGAUAUCACAAUAAGGUGAAGUCAACAACAGUGAUAUUGGUUGAGACAGACUCAAGAGCAUAUUCAAUAUUAACAAUAUAUGA